UGUGAUCUGUCAAAGCUGAAAGCAACAGUAGAAACGUGGUGGGGGUAGAAGCGGCACGGAGGAAUUAGAACUGAAGGAGAACAUGUAACGGUUUAAGAAACCAAGAGCCUAUACAACGAAAAGUACUGCAACUGAUAGAAGAGAAAUGUCUAUGUGGCGAACGCUGGUGACAAUAUGCGCUACGGUUACUCUGUUACCAUUCAGAAUAUAUGCAGCAUACAAGUCUUUACAGAGGCGUCGACUGAAAUACAGAUUGAAAGACAAGGUGGUUCUGAUAACAGGUGCUAGUUCCGGCUUAGGUGAGGCACUGGCUCAUGCUUUCUACCAAGCUGGAUGUAGAGUUGUCCUUGCAGCACGACGUGAAGAUGAACUCAGAAGAGUAAAAAAUAUGUUAUUAACUACACACAGUACUGAUGUUACGCAUCCUCCUGUUGUUUUGCCCCUGGAUCUUUCUGAUUUGAAUGCUUUACCAGGAAAAGUAGCAAAGGUCCUUGAAAUUUUUGGUCAUAUUGAUAUUUUAAUAAAUAAUGGAGGAAUCAGUUAUCGGGGCAAUAUACUGACCACAUCCAUUGAUGUUGAUAUCAAACUCAUGCUUAUUAAUUACUUUGGGCAGGUGGCACUUACAAAAGCAGUCCUGCCAUCUAUGAUUGACAGGCAAAGUGGUCACAUAGUGUCAGUAAGCAGUGUUCAAGGAAAGAUAGCUAUUCCUCACAGGUCUGCCUACACUGCUUCAAAGCAUGCGCUCCAAGCAUUUAGUGACACCCUGAGAGCAGAAGUUGCUGCACACAAUAUAAAUGUUACUGUUGUGAGCCCAGGAUACAUUCACUCAAAGCUGUCUGUAAAUGCAUUGACAGGAAAUGGAGAGUCUUAUGGAGUUAUGGAUCCAGCAACAGAAAAUGGUUCACCAGCGGAGAAAGUGGCUGAGGAGAUCCUGUAUGCUGUUGCAACAGAAAAAAAGGAGCUAACAACAUGCUCAUUUGUAGCGCAUAUAGCAGUUCUGCUUAGAACACUGUACCCAGAGCUGUUCUUCUGGCUAAUGAAAAAAAGAGCUCAUCAACAUUAGGAAGAACUUCCUAUUCAUUUGCCCCAUCUGUUUAAGUUUGUAAUUUUUUGUUACUUUAUGUAGCUGUUGACUUUAUAUCAUCUUGUUUUUGAUCACAUUAGCUCUCCUUAUUUUAAGGUCUUAUGAACAAUACGUUCAUAUAUACAGAUAUCUUUGUGAGAUUAUUUAAAAGGAAAUUAGGAAUGAGUGGAAAGGACAAGAUAAAUGUUACCAUUGAUACUAAGAGAGAAAACAGUGUAUAGAAGUGAAUUAAAAAAAUUGAAAGGUGUCUAUAGUUACUGGAAACAUGUGAAAUGUACAUGUUAUUAAGUAAACAAUAUGUGUUCAGAGCUAUGGAAGCCCAGUAAAAUCCUGUCCUAACAAAACUUACUUUUCAAAAAUUACUAUUUUUAAUGACUACAUUCAUUGGUCCCAAAAAAACCUCCCAUAAUAACAAUGAUAUUGAAAUUUGUUGUUAAGGAACUGUAUUUUAAGAAAGGUAAUAUUUAAGGAAUAAAUAUGCAAGAUUC